GGAAUUCCUGAUUAGCGACCAUUUUGGGAAAGAAAAUUCGCGGCCGCCGGAAGGGUUCAGCAGCCGGAGGUAGCAAAGUCCCAGGCCCGAGGAGAGUGCAGACAAUGAGGGGUUAAUAUACUCAAUACUAGGAAUAAUUGGUCAGGGAUUCGAGGAAGGAGAAGUAAAUGUCCAGAUAAUCAAAUGCUGUGCAGAACCAGAUGCCGUGAAUAGUGGUAGACUAAAGGAAGGCAGCUUGUCAGAUAUCUAAAUGCUUUGUGCGUUUGCAUUUAGUGACAGUGCAGCAAAGCAUGCCAGGAUAGAGGAGAGGUGGUGAUAUUGCAAAGCGAAGUCAGUGGACAAGUCGUGUGUGCAAAAUGUCCCAUCUUUCUAGCAAAAUUGAAUCAGAGCUUCAGCCUUUGCUUAGGCAGCUACUGAAGAGCAUAAAGGAGAGAAUCUCAGGAGCACCUUCAGUCGAAUGUGCAGAAGAGAUCUUGUUACACUUGGAGGAAACUGACGAAAAUUUUCACAAUUAUGAGCUAGUGAAGUAUCUACGGAAUUAUAUAGACUCUGCAUUGGGCUCUGUGAUUGAGGAGGAGACUGAGAAAUGUACUUCUGCAGAGGGCCGAUCUCUAGGUCCAGGCCAAGAUACACUUGUUCAACAAGUUACAAGAAAAACUCGGGAAUCUGAAGAAUACAAGGAGAUGAUGAAAUCGUUAAAAAAUACUAUGAUGAUAGUAGUUGAAUCUCUGAUUAAUAAAUUUGAAGAAGAUCAACUAAAGAAAGAAGAACUACAUCGAAGGAAACAGCAUGAGCAGCACACUAGUUACUGCAUGGACAGUUGCUCUGACAGUGGGUCCUCAUUCAAUCAGAGCUACACAUUUAUGAAUCAGGAACAGAUACAGAUUAUAGUAGGAAGAAUGGAUCCUAGCCAACCAAAGGAGGUUCGACAGGAAGCUUUGCAGACUCUCUGCUGUGCUCCUCCAUCCGACGUAUUAAAUUGUGACUGCUGGGCUACUCUCCGCAAGCACCUUGCAGCGGCUCUUUCAGAUCCGGACUCUGCACUGAGUGAAAAAAGCCUACGAUUUUAUGCAAAAACAUUUUCAUCAUCACCAUUCACCAUUACGAGAGAAACCUACACAAGUCUGGCUAAGCAUUUGGAGUCCUGCUUUACUUCGCAGCAAAGCCCAGUUCCCACACUUUCUGCUGGCAUAGAUAUAACAAGCCCUGAAAUUGUACGGUUACUUAAAAAGUUUCGCCUCCUUAAUGAGUUCCAGAAAGAAGUUCCAUCCUUUUGGAUACGUCAUCCAGAGAAGUUUAUGGAGGAGAUAGUGGAGAGCACUCUGUCAUUGCUGUCAAUAACUCAUGAACAGAGUCUCAGAGCUGAAACCUCGCACCACGCACUGGAACCUGUCUAUUUUCUGGCAUUGUUGGAUACAAAAGCUUCCUGGUUCAAUAAGUGGAUGCAUGGUUACUACAGCAGAACUGUGGUUCUAAGACUUCUUGAAAAUAAAUACAAGUCCUUGAUAAAUGCUGCAGUUCGUCAAUGUUUAGAUUACUUUGAUUCGAAACAUUUAGAGGAUGAUGGUACUGACAAUUUAUGUACCAUGCUGUAUCACUUAAACAGUGGCCGAAGGACAUAUUAUACAGGACAUGAAUUGCAAUAUAUUUACUUUGUGCAUUCACUUUGUCUUCUGGGAAGAUUGUUGAUGUAUACGCAUGGUAGACAAUUAUUUCCUGUAAAGGUGAAAAACAGAAAAGAACCAAUACCUCUGAUGGACUUGUUAGUACUAUUAAUCCGGAUGAUGUACCAGCACCCAACAUCAGCACAGAAUGGAAAUAUUACACAAACAGAUUCCUACGCUCCUGCAAAUCUUGUGAUGGAAGUGUUGCGCAUGUUAUGUGGCCGAAAGGAAUGUGCUACUGAGUGCCUCUACAGAAGCAUUGUUAUAGAUUCCCUUCUCUUUCCAAUAUCCACAUUGCUGAAAGGAGAACAGAUGAUGGUUACCGGUAUUGAAACAGUGCUGAUAAAUACAGCAGAUAUUUUGGCAAGGAUAGCCUCCACAGACCGAGGGCUUUCGCUGCUGCUUUUUGGUGAAAAUGACAAAGGUUCUGCAAGGAAUUGUCCUUCUGCGCGAGUAAUUGCUGAGUUCACCAAAAGGUUACUUGAUGGGAAGCUUCCUACUUUAGCUUCAACAGAACCAUCCUCUGCUCUGAAGGGGGCUUUCAUCUUUGUCUGUCGUCAGAUGUACAAUACUUGUGAGGGUCUAGAGGUACUGAUGCCUUAUGGCUUACAUGAAUCCAUCUCCAAAGCACGGAAGAAGGCCUGUUUACUUUCGGAACGAAUACCUACUCCGAUAGCAGGAAGUGAAUCUGACUCUUCAAUGGCUCAGGAAUUACAAAAUACGAUGCUCUUGGAAGAAAUGCUGCUAGACAAUCUACUAAACUUUGCUGCUACUCCAAAAGGGUUGUUACUUCUGCAGCAAACAGGAGCACUCAAUGAGUGUGUAAUUUUCAUGUUCAGUAGAUUCACUAAAAAAUUGCAGGUCAGCAAAUGUGAAAAGUUUGGAUAUGGAGUAAUGGUUACGCAGGUAGCUGCAACAGCCCCUGGCAUUGUGGCACUGCAAAGUUCAGGGUUCAUUAAAGCCCUUGUAUUGGAGCUGUGGUCUGUUCUGGAAUGUGGAAGAGAUGAUGCAAGAAUGAUCAACCCCAAACCAACACCAGUGGAGCCUAUAGACAGAAGUUGUCAGAAGUCAUUCCUAGCUCUGAUAAACCUGCUUUCAUCUUUCUACGCUGUAUAUGAACUGAUUGGCAAUCUGCCACUGCCAAACAAGGCAUCAUACUCCUUGCGCGAAGUGCCGACCUCCAUUGUUGAUGUAAUUGAUCGACUGGUAAUUAUGAAUUCGAAUGCCAAAAUACACUCUCUGUUCAACUAUGAACAUUCCCAUAUGUUUGGUGUUAGGCUGCUGAGUGUUAUGUGCUGCAAUCUGGAUAUUCUUCUACUUUUAGAAUCCCAGUACCAUGUAUCAGAAAUUCUCUUGAAUGCACAAAAAGAGAAUGUUCGAGAAAACUUAGAAAAUCCAGGAGAUUUCAUAAUUGAUGGUCUCUCUGUGGAGAGGAAUCAUAUACUUGUCCGCAUGAAUCUGAUCGGUGGACCAUCAGAACGGGUUUUGCCUCCAAGAGUUUUGCAAAAGGGAAAUGACCCAUAUCGUUGGCCACUAUUUUCCUCUUACCCUUUGCCAAAGUGUUACCUUCGAGAGUCUUUGAAAAACCUUACUCUAAAACAAGAUAAUGAAUUUAACAAGUUGUUGAAAAAUUCAGAGAAGCAAACAGACUGGCUGAAGAACUGUAAAAAGCAGUUCUGUAAAAUCAUGAUAUCCAGACCUGACAUCAUCAAGGGAAGCAUUCUUGUAGAAUUGCUGGAAAAAGUUGUGGGUCAUCUCUCUGACAAUCCAUCAGAGUGUUUCUUCAGACCAUAUGAAGCUUCUGAUAUUAGUGUCAAACAUCUCAGUCUCUCUCCCAUUCAGCAGCUUGGAAUAAAGACAGUUGUCAGAUAUGGCAGGUUCCUUGGUUUACUAAAGGAUGAUUCUGAUCAGGAGCUUGCAAUUUUGCUAAUGCGUUGUGAAAGAUUUAUGAAACAGCAGCAAACUACCAUAAGCUCCUCACUUUGCUGUCUACAGGGAGGUUAUGUUGGGCAUGACUGGUUUGCAUCUACUGCAUUUUUGAUAAUGUCAGGGAAUGGAGAGAGAACUCUAAAAUUUCUACAACAAUUUUCAAGUCUUCUCGUCUCAGCAUUUCUCUGGCUGCCCCGUCUGCAUUCUUCUAUCCACCUUUCUGUGGAAAGUACAGAGUCUGGCAUCCAUCCUGUGUAUUCUUGCACAGCUUACUAUAUUGAGAUGUUACUGAAGACAGAGGCGCCACUUGUCUUCUCAGCAUUCCGCAUGUCAGGGUUCACUCCUUCACAGAUUUGUCAACACUGGCUGGCUCAAUGCUUCUGGAACUAUUUAAACUGGACUGAGAUUGGUCAUUACAUUGCCAUCUGUCUUAUCUUGGGCCCUGAUUAUCAGGUUUACAUGUGUAUAGCUUUGCUGAAACACUUACAGCAAGAGAUUCUUCACCACAUGCAGGCUCAGGAUCUCCAGGUUUUUCUCAAGGAGGAAGCAAUCCAUGGAUUUCACGUUAGCAGUUACCUGGAAUUUAUGCAAAAUUUGGAACAAUCCUACAGAACUACUAUAUUGACAGAAAUGGAGAACAUUAAAUCAUAAAUAGUGAAAACAGUUUAAAAAUUAAAGAGUUAUUUACUACCUACUAGCCCUACCAUGUUUAAUUCUUAUUUAUGUUACAUUCUCAUCAUGGUAAUAAUGGAAUUGUUUCACAAUAUCUUAUUUGAACAAAUGAAGUAAUUGUGUUACGGAUUGCAUGGGUAAGUUAAUUACACGUGCAAUAAAUACGACUUCCCAUUGAAUGAAAAGCAUGUUAAACAGCAGAGUUUUGAAUAGAACUACAUAAUGAGUAAAAUUAAACUUCAAAACCAAGCUUACAUUGUCUGGAACCUGCUGCCCUAAUAAAAGAUUCCA